AGCCUGAGCCAGUGUAAACCUUAUUAAUGUCUACGGAGUGAACGCAGAGAGGAGGGGAGCGUAGAGCACAAACGAAAGCGGCGAGCCAAGAAAAUGGCGAUCGUGCAGAGGAUGAAUGCCCCCACUCGUAGAUGCUGCAAACGCAUUGCAUUUCUUUAGCCUUACUUAGUUUAUUUUCCACUCUCUGUUGCACUUUAUAUUUCAAUGAGAGAUUUGGAAUUGGAAACUGUUGCCACCAAAGAAACUAAAGCGUCUUAACGGUGCCAGAGUGUGCCGAGAGAGGAAACAGCAUUAUAUCCAAAUACCCCCCCACACACACAUACACACACACAUAUAAAUACACCUGAAGUUUUCAGCGAUGAAGAGUGGGGCUGAGCAGCCCGCUGCCUACCCUGACAAGUCCUGCCUCCUCAUCUGACACUUUUGAGCUUCCACUGAGAGAGCAAAUAUCUUUGACCUCCCACCUUGUCGUCCUGGAAACCAAAGGUCAAUUGUUCUUUACGGGACCUGGGGACGCCCUCCUACCCAGCCAGGAGGUGCACCUGCCAGUGGCACUCAAAGGCAUGGCUCCCAUUCGGGAUUCCGUCAGCCAUUCCCCUAAUCAAACAGGUCUGGAUCGUCCUGGCUUGGACUCACAGUAUGAGCCUUCCCCUUGGUCUUCUGGUUCCUCUUGCAGUGACAGCAGCAGCAACUGGGGCAAAGUGCUAGUUGAUGGAAACACAGACAAAUCCAAUAAUCCUUGUUCAACUAGCUCUUCUGUCUGGCCACCUUCCUCAUCUUCAUUUUCUUGCUCCUCCUCUUCUUCCUCUUCUGGCUGUGGUUCAGGUUCAGAUCCUGAGUUGGCAUCAGAAUGCACAGACGCAGAUUCUAGUUCGUCAAUUGGCUCAGAUAAGAACCUUGGUUCUCUUGCUGUGCCUACAGUGAUGAUGAUAUCAGGAAAUGUUUCGUCUUUGACAUCUUCUGCAGUUUCUACCCACUCUACUUUGGGGGCUUCUACCAUGAUGCUGGAAGUUAACUUUAAUGGUGAAAGCAACAGUUGUCAAGUAAUCAGUGGAAGUGUUGGAAACGAAAGUAAUGGGAACAAUAUCACUGGAUCCUCACACUACCCCAACAUGGGGUCAAACAGUAUUGGCAGCAAUAACUUAAGCAACCACACUACCAGUGGUGUGUGGGGCCCGUCCUCCGAAAGCAACAUGGUCACCACUGACAGAAGCAGUCCCUGUAUCAAUGUGGGUUUAAACCCAAACACUUUAAAUCCAAAUAACAACCAUGGUGCCUGGCCACAAAAUCCAACCCCAAGCCCAGUGUGCCAGGGCCAACUGCCUCCACAGGCACAGGUGGUGAGUUCCAAACUGGGUAUGAUGCCCAAACAGGUCCCACCGCUGGGCUCGGGAGGAAUGGCAGCUUUGGAUAACAGCAGUUUAAUGGAAGACACAGCAGUAAACAAUGGUUCAUCAAACGGCAAAGUGUUGGACAUCAAUAGCGGAAGUGGUGGCCUGCAGUCUACAAACUUAAGCACUGAACCCAAUGGACCAAAUAACACUAUCAUGACUAUUACUACUACUAACACCACAAUGACCUCUACUCCACCGAACUCUACCGCCUCACCCCAACUUGACGGGGAUUGUUCCUGGGGUUCCUUUGGGGGAGGAAAUCGGGGUCUUCUGGCCUGUGGAAGUCCCUCAAUAGCCCCCCACCCCCCCCAAGGAGAGUUGGGAGGUACUGGGGCCAUUGGUACGCCUUGGGGCACAUCUACCUACCCUUUUGAAAAGGGCCCCCCUAAUGCAGACACUGUGAACUCUCAAAUCUCCUCUGCUGCUGCUUUCAAGAGUAAUAAUAACCACCAUAACACUGGGGCUUCACACUAUAACCAGGCUCCCACCAAUAAUCCGCCUCAGAGCAACUUGUCCUGGGUUGUUGGUCCGACUCAAGUUCCAGGUUCUGCAGGUCAAACACCAGUAAAUGGAAACCAAACUGCUAUGACCCCUCAAGCAGGAAUGCCUCACCCCUGGGGGAGUAGUGCAUCCUCUACUUCGUCAUCGUCUUCUUCCACAUCUAACAACAAAAUGUCGAAUGGGGAAUGGGGAUUGACUAUUUCUGGUAACAACCACUCAGAUACCGGAAGCCAUAAAGGGGUGUCUACAAACAAUGGCUGGAAAAGUCUGGAAGAUGACGCCAUGGGGAUUGGAGGAGCAGGGGUUAGUGGUAGCCAUGGCUUGGGAAGUGUCACCGGAGGCUGGGGCCGGUCUGGAGAAAGUGAAGGAAGUGGCGAGGGUUCUGGGAGUCGAUCCACUUCAGACAGAGAAUGCAACCAGUCCAAAGGAGGAAACCGCAGAAAAGGAAUCCAUUCUACGCCAGUAGUGCCAGCCCUGGCCCGUACCGAUGUAGACCCAAGGGUUCUGUCUAACACUGGAUGGGGACAAACACCCAUACGGCAAAACACUGCCUGGGAUGUCAACUCUCCAAACAAUCAGCACCAGAGUCUCAGAGGAGAUGAGAGAAAGCUUUACAGUGGAGGCUCCGGCUGGGGCACAGGACCACAGAUGAUUCCCUCACGGACCUCUGGAGGUUGGGGUGUUGGAUCAGACGGUGCAGGCCCCAACAGUGGAAUUUCUGGCUGGGGAGAUCGGAGACAAACUCCUGGGUGGGAUGGAAAAGGCCCACCUAAUGGAAGAAGUGGCCAUGGUGGCUGGGAAGAUGGAUCCAACUACAAGGGCGGUAACAACAGCAACACCUGGAACAACAAUAUGAAAGAAGAGAGAUCAAGUACUUGGACAAACACCUCCACUGUACAGCAAGGCUGGGGUCCUAAUGUUGGGAGUGGUUGUGAUGCCUGGGGAGGUAGUAUUGAUGACACCAAAGCAGGGGCCAAUAACCAUUGGGGGGAGCCUCAGAAAAGUGCUGGCUCAGCGAGCUGGGACAGCGACAGUGACCGGUCCGGCUCUGGAUGUUGGAGUGAGCCAAGUCGGGUCAAAACUAGCAGCAGUAAUACCUGGGUGGGCAACGGAGGAUCAAAUACUCCAGACCAGAUCCCCCCAAACCAGGGCUCCAACUGGGGGAACUCUGUACUCAAAUCUAACCCUCAGAGUAGCACUCAAGGCUGGGGUGAGCCAGUGAAGAACAGCAAUGGAGCUAACAGCUGGGGAGAAUCAAAUUCUAAACCUUCCAAUGAGUGGGGAAGCGGCCCAGAAUCCAGGAGCAAUCAAGGCUCGAACAAACCCACAGGCUGGCGCGGAGGUCCUAUUCCCGCAGUUGGUCAUAAGGAAGAAGCAUCAACAGGUUGGGAAGAACCUUCUCCAGAGUCCAUUCGUAGAAGAAUGGAAAUCGAUGAUGGAACUGCAGCUUGGGGAGAUCCUGGUAAAUACAGCAGUACUUCUGUCAACAUGUGGAACAGCAAGUCUAAUCAGUCAGAUCAAGAAGCCAUGAACAUAUCCUCUCAACACAACUCCCACUCAUCACACGGCUCAAUGCAGGCUCAAAACCAGGAAAAAAUGUCAGAUUGGGGUGAGAUGUACCCUAAACAAAAGGACUCUUCAUCAUGGGGGGAGCCUACAACUGAUCCACCGGUUACAGUGGAUAAUGGUACAUCUGCCUGGGGAAAGCCAGUGGACACCAGUACUGGCUGGGAUGAACCCAGCAGAGAUAAGAGAGAGACUUCUUCUGGAUGGGGCAGCCAGAACAAGUCCACUACUAGCCAUAAGCCUAUGGAGACUUGGUGCAGUGAGGACGUAUCCAUGGGCAAUAGCUGGGAUCAGGAAGAAGAGGUGGAAAUCGGAAUGUGGAGCAACAGUCAGCAGGAUAGCAGGUCCAAUGACCAAAACACCUGGAACUACAAGCCUAAAGUCUCCAACAAGAUGAACAAACCUGUCAACAAACAGGAGGAAUUUUGGAUGAAAUCUUUUGUCAACCAAUUCAACAACAUGAACUUCCAGAGAGACUCCCCUGAUGACUCUUUAAAAUCAGGGCCAAGCAUGAUGGCUGACAAGCGUGUGGACAUGAGUGGCGUGGGGGAGUUGAGCAGCAUCAUGGGGAAGAGUUCAGGGCCCCGGCAUCAGCUCCACAAGGAUUCUGCAAUGGAUCGAAGUCCUUACUAUGACAAGCUUUCUGCUUGCAAUAGUCCAGCUUCCGAUGAGCUUCCCUCCAGUCAGAGCAUUAGCCUUUCCUCUAGCAGUUCUGUUAAACCUGUCCCCAGUGUCAACUCUGGGCCAUCUCCUUUCCACUCUAGUUCUGGGGCAGCUCAGCAGAAUGUAAACUCCAUGUUGGGUGGCAGCAGCGUAGCACACAGCCGGGGCACCACCCAAUCCCAGCCCCCUCCUCAAUCAAACCUUCGUAACCAAGUGCCUCCACCCCUCCUGCCGUCUCAGGUCCCUCCAUCCUUGUUGAAGUACCCAGGGGGUAAUGGAGGUCUGCUUGGCCCUCAGCAGGUGGCUAUGCUCAACCAACUCUCUCAGCUCAACCAGCUGUCACAGCUGAACCACAUCAACCAGCUACAGCGCCUGCUCCUCCAGCAACAACAGCAGAAGCUUCAAAACGCGAGAGCGACACCGGUGGGUCGUCCGACUGAACAGACACGUCCUAUUGGUUCAUCUUUGUCAAUGAUGCAGCCCCCACGGCACCUGGAUCCAUCUCUGCUAAAGCAAGCUCCACCUCUUAAAUCAUAUGCUGACGGCUACAUGUCCCACAAUACAUCUGAGAUGCAGAAGAAUGCUCCUCCUCUCGGACCAUUAGGCAACUUCCCUUUAAGCUUGACCCCUAACCUGAAUGUACCCCUGGAUAUUGCCGUUAGUGGUGGAAGCAGUAGUGGUGGAGCUGUGACCUACAAAGAACCACACCAGUCCAGACUCAAAAAACUUUGGGCUACUGACAUCCUGGAGCAGAACAGCAAAUCUGGUGCUAUCUCGUCUGACUUGCGUCUAGAUGACUCUCCUUUCUAUGACUUCCUGCCUCCUGGUCCACCUCCCCUGAGCCCUCCCGGCCAACCAAUAGGCUCAGUGGGUGAUGGCUGGCCGCCCCGUGCCAACUCCCCCCCUUCCCAUGCAAACACUGUCACCUGGCCCCCAGAGUUCCGACCCGGGGAACCUUGGAAAGGUUACCCCAACAUUGACCCAGAGACUGACCCUUAUGUGACCCCCGGCAGUGUCAUCAACAACCUCUCCAUCAACACAGUUCGUGACACCGAUCACCUCAGGGAUAGGAACAAUGGGCCACCCUCAUCACUGAACACCACGAUGCCUUCUAACAGUGCCUGGUCAUCCAUUCGUGCCUCCAGCCACAGCGGUUCCCUCACCAGUACAGCACAAAGCACUUCAGCUAGACCAAGUGAGUCAAAGUGGUCUCCUGGAGGUGGUUCUGUGUCCAACUCCUCCCUAGCCCAUGAGCUUUGGAAGGUCCCCUUGACUCCCAAGGCGCUGCCGGUUGCAGCUCCUUCCAGGCCACCACCCGGCCUCACCAGCCAGAAGCCCUCUGGCUGGGACAGCUCUGCUCUGAGGCGGGGGGGCUGGGGCUUCACCGAGUCAAGAUACACACCUGGUUCCAGUUGGGGUGACGGCAGCAGCUCAGGAAGAACUCAAUGGCUCGUUCUGAAAAAUCUCACACCUCAGAUCGAUGGCUCCACACUUAGGACCCUGUGCAUGCAGCAUGGCCCUUUGAUCACAUUCCACCUCAACCUGCCACAUGGUAACGCCGUGGUCUGCUACAGCUCAAAGGACGAAGCCACCAAGGCCCAGAAGAGCCUGCAUAUGUGUGUUUUGGGGAACACUACUAUUAUGGCUGAGUUUGCUAGUGAGGAAGAAAUCAGCCGCUUUUUUGCACAAGGGCAGUCAUUGGCCACUCCCACCUCCGGCUGGCAGGCUAUUGGCUCCUCCCAGAGCAGAAUGGAUCAGUCUCAGUCCUUUCCCAGCCGCGCUUCUGAACCCAACCAGUGGAACAGUGGUGAGCUGCAUGGCUCCUCCCUCUGGAGCAGGUCCUAUUCCAGUACCCUGUGGGGGAACCCCAGCAGUGCUGACCCUGGGAGGAUCAACAGCCCUUCUCCAAUCAGCUCCUUCCUCCCAGUGGAUCACCUGACAGGGGGUGGAGACUCCCUGUGAACCAGCAGCCAAUCAAACCGGCUAAGUAAAUCAGAUAAAAACAAAACACAAAAAAACGUAGUUCUAAACGCAAUGGCACUCGUAGGACUUUUUCUCACAAGUUAUUCAACAAAGCGGGGUUUACCCUGUGGAAUACAAGUUACGUUCUCUGCACAUAUGUCCACUUUGUUUUAGCCCAAAAACAUAUCAGUCAGAAUACUUGAAUCAUGCAGGCCAAUUCUAUAAUGUGAACAGAUGGAUAUUUGCUUCCAGGUAGUGCUCUUUCAGACCAGGAAAAAAAAGAAAAAGAAAAA